CAAUUCCGAAUCCCAGUGCGUUGUUUGGGCUCGAAACCUGCGCGCAUCCCUCCCCCCUACCAGUCGCUCAGAGGACAAAGACUAAAAUGGGUCAGAGUCUGAAGAGAGCAUCUCUCGCAUCAGACACACACCGACUCUAUAUCUAAAAUAGAUGACUUAAGAAUCAGUAAAGCAAUCGUUUUUUAGACUAGGGAUCCGACACUGACGGGAAUCGGGUUAUUUUUUUCCUACUACGGUGGAUGAACUCAAACGGGUCGGGAGAAUGUUUACUGAGAUCUGAAGGCACGCAGUGCCCACACUACGUAGCCUGUGUACAAAGCUGCUUCUGGAGAAGUCUUUGGAUGUAGCGAUCGACAAGAUGCUGUACAAGUCCUCCAACGGGUAACGGCUGCCUCUCGGAACGGAGCAGGGUCGCUAUGACAUAAGCAGUGUGGAGCAGCUUGUGAAACCAGUUUGUGGAGCCCGAUACCGGUGUGUGAGUCUGCUCUUCGGAUGCUGCGCCGAGGUCCAUUCGUCCUCCAAGAUUACGGGCUAAGAGACACAGGGGUCGAAGUGCUUCUCUGAAGGAGUGUGUUGUUCGGACUGUGGACCCACGGAGCAGAUCGGAGCAUCUUAUGGGGACCCGUUCACACUCACUGGCUGCUGAAACCAUACGAGUUGUUCCUGGAUCGCCUCCGACUCCACCGGGCUUACAUCACCGACCGUAAAAGAGAGAGAGACAGGACAGAUCCGGUUCCGGAUAAACGGCUCGCGCUGUGACCAUGGCAACCGUGAUGAGGAUACCCACGCUCGCCGGGGUCGCCAUGGCGAUGGUGAUGCUCUCAGCCGGCCUGGCCUCAGUGUCGGGCCUGGAGCCGGAGACGUGCUUCUCGCGGCAGCACCGGCAGGCAACCGUCAACGUGCGCCUGGCCUCCAGCCGGCCCGGGACCGUCAUCGAUUCCCGCAUCGUCAAUUCGGAGCGCGACUGCAUCCUGGCUUGUUGCUCAGAGGAAGUGGCGCCAGGAGCCAAGUGCAACAUGGCCGUGUUUAAGGCCAAGAAGCCGGCCGCCUCUGACAACUGCCUCCUGUUCCACUGCGACACGGAGCAGGACUGCCCCCUCAUGAUGGCCGGCGACGGAGUCAACACCUACGAUAUAUUCAAGGGGGUUCUUCAUUCUACCACCACGAUGGCGCCAGUGACCACGACCGCUGCCACCCCCACCACCACCACCACCACAACACAACCCCCUCCCCCCACCACCACCACCCCCACCACCACGCAACCCCCGUCAACCACCACCCUGCCGCCCACAACCACGACCGAGACACCGGUCGUCAUCAUCGCCACCGUGCCCGCCGUCGAGGAACUGCCCGCCGUCGAGGAACUGCCCCCCGCGACCACGACCCAGACGGCCACGCAGCGAGCUACGCCCCCCUCGACGGCGGCUACGCCCCCUUCGACCACCACCACCACCACCACCACCACCACUGCCGCAAGAAAGCCCAACAAACCCACCAAAAAGCUCAACAAAAACGUCAAGAAACUCCGCCCGCAUCCGGUGGUCGUUGACCCCACCCCCAACAACACCACCACCACCACCACCACCACGGCGGCCCCCGAGCCACCCGAGGACGUCCAGACCUCCACCGUGGCCGGGGUCUUCGUGGUCGCCGAGGGCGACGUCCAGUCGGGCCGCGCGCUGAAGAAGCCGGACGGGCCGGACGGGGGAGUCGUCCCCGAGGGCGAGGGCGUGCGGAAGACCGGCGCGACGUCACACGGAGCCCUCAAGAGCGGCCUAGUGGUGCUGAUGGUGCUGGGGCUGGCGGUGCUCACGAUGGCGCUGGCCAUCGGAGGACGCAAAGCCAUGGAGUCCUUCGACCGGCGCCAUUACACCCGCCUGGAGCUCAACGACCUGCACUACGAGGUGUAG